CAGGAUUCUUGGCGCUCGCGUAUAGUACUCAGUACUGGCGCCUUUGAAAUCAACAAACACAAACAACGCGUCGUCUUUAACACCAUGUCUACAGCAUACACCUUCCAGUCUCCGUCUGUCACGCUCGAAAAAGGCGCGUACCGAAUGCGCGCACCACGCAGCUCGCGACCAGGUUCUUCCCUCAGCCAAAGCCUACUGAGCGCCAAACAACCGCCAUCCCACUCCCCAAACAGAAAACUCGCGAUCCUCAUCGCCGUACUAGCAUUUGCAUCAGUCGCAUGCUUUUUCUUCGCGUAUCACUUAUUUACCACCAGCAAACCCACCCGCUCCUGAGACCAAAUAUCUCGCCUACUUCCCCUACAGCGGAUUAUACAACCGACGCAUCGCACUCGAGAACGAGCUCGUACUCGCUCAACAACUUAAUC